CCCGGGUUGAAGCCCAAGGAAUAACGUUUUCCGAAUCUUCCCGUGAGCCGUUUCACUCCGCUUGUAUUAAAAUCCUCCUCGACCUUUCUUUACCCUUCACUGUCUUCCAUUGGUCUCUCCGCCUCUCUCAUUAUCUAUUCUUUUCUGUUUGGUUGUUGUUGAAGAAGUGAUAAUACUAUGGCUACAAAGAAGAGCGUUGGAGCUUUGAAGGAAGCAGAUUUGAAAGGAAAGAGGGUGUUUGUGAGAGUUGAUCUGAACGUUCCAUUGGAUGAUAACUUUAACAUAACCGAUGACACGAGAGUCCGAGCUGCUGUUCCCACCAUCAAGUAUUUGAUGGGUCUUGGCUCUAAAGUCAUCCUUUCUAGUCACUUGGGACGCCCAAAGGGUGUCACUCCCAAGUACAGCCUGAAGCCUCUUGUGCCAAGGCUAUCUGAACUCCUUGGAGUCGAGGUUAAAAUGGCAAAUGACUGUAUUGGUGCAGAAGUUGAGAAGCUGGUGGCAGAAAUUCCAGAUGGUGGUGUAUUGCUGCUUGAGAAUGUGAGGUUUUACAAAGAGGAAGAGAAAAAUGAUCCUGAAUUUGCAAAGAAGCUAGCUUCUCUUGCAGAUGUCUAUGUGAAUGAUGCUUUCGGCACGGCUCACAGGGCCCAUGCAUCAACAGAGGGCGUUGCAAAAUUUUUAAAACCUUCUGUUGCUGGUUUUCUUAUGCAGAAGGAACUUGAUUAUCUUGUUGGAGCUGUGGCCAAUCCCAAGAAGCCAUUUGCUGCAAUUGUCGGUGGUUCUAAGGUGUCAACAAAGAUUGGAGUGAUCGAAUCCCUCUUGGCCAAGGUUGACAUUCUCUUACUGGGUGGAGGAAUGAUCUUUACUUUCUACAAAGCCCAAGGAUAUUCUGUUGGAUCAUCACUUGUGGAGGAAGACAAACUUGAUCUAGCAACAUCACUCCUUGAGAAGGCCAAGGCAAAAGGGGUGUCUCUCUUGCUUCCCACUGAUGUUGUUAUUGCUGACAAGUUUGCUCCAGAUGCUAACAGCAAGGUGGUUUCAGCAUCUGAGAUUCCAGAUGGUUGGAUGGGCUUGGAUAUAGGACCUGACUCCAUCAAAACCUUCAGUGAGGCUUUGGACACUACCAAGACCAUAAUUUGGAAUGGACCCAUGGGUGUGUUUGAGUUUGAGAAGUUUGCUGCAGGCACAGAGGUGAUUGCCAAGAAGCUUGCUGAGCUCAGCAGCAAGGGAGUGACAACAAUCAUUGGAGGAGGUGACUCUGUUGCAGCUGUGGAAAAGGUUGGGCUUGCAGACAAGAUGAGCCACAUCUCUACCGGUGGUGGUGCUAGCUUAGAGCUUCUUGAGGGAAAACCACUCCCUGGAGUGCUUGCUCUUGAUGAUGCUUGAGCUUAAUUUUGCACAGCUUUGUCUUUUGUGCAUUUUUUUUACUGCUGUAACGUGGCUGGUUUUUCAGCCAAGAGUGAAUCAGCUAGUGGUACUAGUAUUAGUAGAGCUGAUCUUGUAGAGGCUUAUAAGGUGAAUUCAAAAAAUAAAAUGGUUUCUCCUAGGCAUCAAUCAUAGAUGCAUUUGGAAUGGAUCUGUUUUGGGACCAUUGUUAAUGAUCCAAUUGCAUAAUGCAUGUUUUAUAUAUUCCUGGAUA